UUUGAGCCUCUCUAAGGCGUUAAUGGCCGGGCAGGGCGCUGAUUUGGACAUGAAUAAUGUGCGGCAGUGGGAGGGGACGGUUUCGGGCUCGACUCCUUUUAGCUGCGUGCGUCACGUUGUGAAUUGAAGACCAAGGACGAGGUCUGGAUGGCUGUCUCUAGUCACUGGAGGAAGUUUUACUACAACGAACUCCAGAAGCAGGCAUGGCUGGGAAGCCUUUCCGGGCCACCUACAUCUGGGGCAGCAUCAUCUCCAACCUCCACACUCAAGUGGAGGUCAAGCGGCGGCGCCAUAAACUGAAGUCCUACCAUGAUUGCUUUCUGGGCUCCGAUGCCGUGGACGUGGUGUUGGCCCACAUCGCCCUCAGCCGUUUCUUCGGUGAAGAGGUGGUACCGCGCUUCAAAGCUGUUCGUCUCUGCCAGGCCCUGAUGGACUCUAGGGUGUUUGAGCCGGUGGGCGUCAAAGUCUUUGGGAAGGAGAAGAAACGAGCUACAUUUGAGGACAGUUGUUUCAGUUUGUACAGGUUCCUAAAUCCUGCGACCAGCUCCUCUCCAUCACUAGCAAACACCAACUCUCACUCCACCAGUACCAUUGAGAGCGGCUAUGACUCGCCGAGCAUUAACAGGAACAAGAACAGCUACACUCCGUCACAUGAAAGACAAGAGGUGCUGAGCUACUCCACUCACUCCCCUGUGAAAACGGAUAAAUCAUUGGAGGAGGUACUCGGAAACCUCAACAUGAGCUCGACCAUCACCCCUCAGAUGAUCAACCUCGGCCUCUCACAAGAGAUUGUAGAUGAGGUGUGGCACCAGCAAGCUGUCUUCAGGCUGCUGCAGUUGAUAGAGCUCCCCCUGCUGGAGAACUUGUUAGAGGGUAAACACGCAUCGCGGCCUCCUCUUCACGGUAUGGACAGCGACCCGGACCUGCUGUACACGUCAAGCUACCUGGACAGAGAGGUCCUCAAAGCCUUCAGUGAAGCACAGGCUGACGAGUGGAUGUCAGGCGCAGUGGACUGCCUGGAGUUUCUGCCUGAUGAGCUGGUGGUGGAGGUCAGUCGAGGUCUUGCUGGUUGUUCUGAGGACCUGCUGCAGUGUAAGAGACUGCUCUAUGAGGUCCUGGCUCAGCAUUACGGACGCACACAGCAGCCACCUCUGCUCAGCAACCACGUGUUCGACAUCCACUCAGGCAUCUCAGAGCUACUCGUGAACGGUAAACAAGAGCAGGCUCUGGAGGCCCUGCAGCUGAGCCUGAAGCUGCAGGACUCUCGCAGCAGGGAGGAGCUGCGCAGACUAUUAAGAUUCAUGGCCAUCGCAGCAAAACCACUGGAGGUCAAACUGCACAAAGAGAUCGAGAACAGGAUGGCGGUGAAAAGGUCUUUUUCGAGUGCCAUUGUCUAUAGUGGUCGACUCUCCAAAGGAAAGGUGGACUUCAUGGUUCUGUUCAUGAUGGAUAACCACUGUGAUCUCUUCAAAAUUCCUGUUUCGUUGCACAAGAUGGUCAGUGACAGAAUAAUGAAUCUUGUGAAAGGGAAGGAUCCAGACACGAUAGCAGGAUCAGCGUACUGCACAAGGCUGAGUGCAAAAGACUUUGCAGAAAAUGCAAAGAAAACCACGAAAGAGGAGCUCUGGUCUUUACUCCAAGCAGUCCAUGAGAACCCGAGACUCUCGGCUAAGGAGAAGAGACGGCUGCUGGGACAGUUUUUCAAAGGCCACCCUGAGAUUUUUGUUCAGUACUUUGGAAAUAGAUUGUCAAGUAUCAACAUGUUGUUACAGUGAUAUUUACGUUGUUUUUUAAUAUGUCAUGUAUCAUGAUGAAAAGAGAUUUAGAUGUAGGGACAAGAUGUGGUGGAAUGUGAAUGAUGUGCUUUAAUGUAAGUAGAGUGCUUUGAUGUAAAAUGUUUAGACCACUGAACUGGAAUGUGAAUUUAAGAAUGAAUAAGCUUCAAUGUAUUUAAGGACAUAUUUACUUGUCUUAGGAACUUCUUGGGUGCAGGACACAAACAUGAUAACUUCUUAUUGCUCUGCAUCUUGUGGGCAUUAUGUGUCUGCAUACAGUUUUCAAUGGUUGUGUUCUUUGUGCUUGUGCAAUAGACAAUGUAAGCAAUAACAAAUCUGUGUGUCCAUGUGGUUUCCAUGUACAGAGUGAUGCACAGUGGAGCUGUGUCUGAGGACCCCUCAACCGGAUAUUUGAACCUGGACAUUUAAAAGUCUGAUGUAGUGCUAUUAUAAACAGGCAGCUGCAGCCCUCUGGUGGUUUUUUGUUUUGUUUUUUGCAACAAAUCAGCAAAACAGAUGUUUGUACAUUUUCUUUGUUCGGACUGGAAAACCUUAACCGCGUUCUAGUGGCAUCUUCAGGGUCCUGUUUUUAAAAUCUAUGCUAAGAGCUAUGUGUAUCUUCUAAUCAGCUGAGGCUCAUUUCCCGGUAAAGAAAGCAUUCCCAGACUAUUUCUUAACCGUACACAUGUUGUUUGCUUUGUUUGGUUUUGCCAGGUCUUUUUAAAAAGUCUAACAGAAUUGUCCUCCCUUUCAUUGUGUUUUCAUUGCUGACUCAAAAUAUGUAUAAUGUGAUGUAAAAAAGCGUAAACGGCAUCUGGUAUGUCAAGUUGUGAUUCCCCCGGAACACUCACAAUAUUAAAGUAUGAGAUAUGACAAGAUGUGUUACAACUGUGUGGUUUCUCUUACCUGACCCACACACAGACCGUACACAGGGUUCUCUGGAAAUAAAAACUGACAUACAAUAAUGAAAAA